GUUAAAAGUAUGAUUACUCUUGUAGAACCCCUCUAGUCAAAACAUUUGUUCCCUGAAUCCGUUUGGUAGAGGUUAAAAAAAACACGCGGAGCCAUUUCAUUCAUUCCCUCUCAACUUGUCUGUUCAAAAUAUAUUCAUCACCGACUCGUUGCCGCUAACUCACUCGUUCUCUAUAUCUCCACCGAGUUUACAGUUUCCGACUCAGUGCCGACGCCAUGAACCUAAGAUACGAACAGAGGCUCCAGGUCGCUGCUAGAAUAAUCCUCGACGACGAUGCAAGCCCCGGCGACGCUCCGCCCAGUGAAGAAGAGCUUGGGAUUAAAGCAACUCUCAAGCCACAUCAAGUAGAAGGGGUUUCGUGGCUCAUUAGGAGGUAUAAACUCGGCGUCAACGUUGUCCUUGGGGAUGAGGUAUAUACUCUUCAUUCAAUUCUGUAUCAGAGCCUCUAUGUAAUGUGAAAGGGAUGAUUUUUUCCAUCUUAUUGAUGGGAUUGGGAAAGACACUGCAAGCUAUCUCUUUUUUAAGCUAUUUGAAAGUACACCAGUUGUCACAUGGGCCAUUUUUGGUUUUAUGCCCUUUAAGUGUGACAGAUGGUUGGGUGUCUGAGAUAGUCAAAUAUGCCCCUAAACUAGAAGUGUUAAAAUAUGUUGGUGAUAAAGAAUAUAGGCGCAGUCUACGUAUGAAAACACAUGAACAUGUAACAAGGAAGCCAACACAUGAUGUCAGUUUGCCUUUUGAUGUACUGUUAACAACAUAUGACAUUGCAUUGAUGGAUAAGGAUUUUCUUUCUCAAAUACCAUGGCAGCAUGCAAUCAUCGAUGAAGCCCAAAGGCUAAAAAACCCGUCAAGUGUUUUAUUUAAUGUUCUCAAAGAUCGCUAUAUCAUGCCAAGACUGUUGUUGAUGACCGGCACACCUAUUCAGAACAACCUUUCUGAAUUGUGGGCGUUGAUGUCUUUUUGCAUGCCAUCUGUGUUUGGGUCACUAAAUCAGUUCCUUUCUACAUUCAAGGACAUCAGUGAUCUAACAUCAGUUAAUGAUUCUCCAAAGGUUAAAGAGCGACUUCAAAUCCUGAGAAGUGUAUUGGCUGCUUUUAUGCUUCGACGAACCAAAUCAAAGCUUAUGGAGAAUGGAAGUUUAGUGCUGCCACCUCUCACUGAGACAACUGUGUUAGUACCCCUUGUCAGCCUGCAAAAAAAGGUCCACAUGUCAAUUCUGAGGAAGGAACUUCCAAAGCUAGUUGCACUAUCUUCUGGGACAUCCAAUCAUCAAUCACUACAUAAUACUGUGAUACAACUAAGGAAAGCAUGCAGUCAUCCUUAUCUCUUUCCGGGUAUUGAACCCGAACCUUAUGAAGAAGGUGAACAUCUGGUUCAGGCCAGUGGUAAACUAUUGAUUCUGGACCAACUUCUUCGAAAGCUACAUCAUUAUGGACAUCGUGUUCUUCUUUUUGCUCAGAUGACACAUACACUUGACAUUUUGCAGGAUUAUCUGGAGUUACGUAAGUAUUCUUACGAACGUCUUGAUGGAUCAAUCAGAGCUGAGGAGCGCUUUUCUGCAAUAAGAAGUUUCAGCAACUCAUCAGCUAAUAUGGGCUUGAAUUUUGAAGCUGGUCAAAAUGGAGCUUUUGUUUUUAUGAUCUCAACAAGAGCCGGGGGAGUUGGCUUGAAUCUCGUGGCUGCUGAUACUGUUAUAUUCUACGAGCAAGAUUGGAACCCUCAGGUGGACAAACAAGCUUUGCAGAGAGCACAUAGAAUUGGCCAGAUGAAUCAUGUUUUGUGUAUAAACCUUGUUACUGAACAUACAGUGGAGGAAGUAAUUAUGCGGAGAGCUGAAAGAAAAUUGCAGCUGAGCCUCAAUGUAACUGGUGAUAAUAUUCUAGAAAAUGAAGAUAAAAAGUUAUCUACAGUUGGAACAAAUGAUUUGAAGUCCAUCAUUGUUGGGUUACAUAUGUUUGAUCCCAAUGAGAUCAAUGAUGGAAAAGACAAGGACAUCAUGGACUUAACAGAAAUUAAUGCAAUGGCUGACAAGGUAAUUGCUAUGCGCGAUGAACAAAUAUUUGAUAAGGACGAUAGGAAGUUUGAGGUCAAUCCAAGAAACUUUUUAAAAGGAUAUGAUGUUAACGAAAGAGGUUCUGCUUCUCUCUCUUGUGAUAUUGAUCUUGAUGAGGCUUCUUAUCUUUCUUGGGUUAAAAAAUUUGAGGAAAUUUCUAAAUCAAGUAGCGACUCAAUCACUGACUUGAGAAGCAGAAGGAACUUAGAUGAGGAAAAGAGUCAAAAACUAGAGAUUGCAAAGCAGAAGGCAGAAGAAAAGAAGCUGUCUAAGUGGAAUGCCGUUGGAUACCAUUCUUUGAAUGUUAAAAACCCUAUUAGCCCACCAGAUGAGGAUGUCACAUUAGAUGCUGGUUCUGUUCAUUUUGUGUAUGGAGAUUGUACAACUCCCUCAAACGUUUCUUCAUCUGAUCCGGCUAUAAUCUUUAGCUGUGUUGACACUUCUGGACGUUGGGGCCAUGGAGGAAUGUUUGAUGCACUGACCAAACUUUCAUCAAGCAUCAGUGAUGCAUAUGAACGGGCUUCUGAACACGGGGAUUUGCAUCUUGGUGAUCUCCAUCUUAUAAGGCUUGAAGAUGGCUGUGAUGAUCAGAAUUUGGACGGUAAUGCUCCCAAAAUGGUUGCUUUAGCUGUGGUUCAAUCUUACAACCCAAGGCGUAAUGUCCCUCGAAGUGAAAUCUCACUUGUCCACUUGGAAAGCUGCUUAUCGAAGGCAGCGUUCUCAGCUGCUCAAAAUUCUGCGUCAAUACACAUGCCACGGAUUGGUUAUCAAGAUGGAUCUAAUCGUUCUCAAUGGUACACCAUAGAACGGCUUCUAAGAAAAUAUGCCUCCAUGUACAACAUAAACAUAUACGUGUAUUAUUAUCGAAGAUAACGAUAAGGAUCUAGGAUAGGAUUAGUUUCCAGACACAAAAGGGGUAGUUCAUAUGGAAAAAGAGCUUGAAGAUAUGUUUCCCUAUUACGUGUGGCUUGUGUACGUGCACAUGUAUAUAUGUAUAUUAUAAAAUUCAAAUAACACAAGUGUAAUGUUUUGCAAAUCCGUUGAAGUCUUGGAACAGAAUUACAUGCUGAGACAUGACUAUGACAUUUGGUGUCAAGUCUGACUGACCAUGCCUUCAAAUCUGUUCUUACAACUCUUGAAUUGUUUUUAAUGUUGGAUAUAUAAAAAAGAUAAUCCAUGUAUUUAAUGUUUAAA